UUUCUUUCUUCUUUUAAUUACAAAUAUAUAAUGAAUUCUUAAAACAUGGCACAUUCAAAUAAUAACAAUAAAGAUCAGCUUCCUUCUAUCAACACUAUUCAGCAUCAUGGUAAUCAUUACCAUUUCAUAAAUAAUCCAUCGUUAAUUACAACGACUGAUAAAAGUACUACGAACCAUCAUCAUCAUAGUCGUCUAUUGUAUUUUUUAGCAAAUCCUUCACAAACAAUAACUUCAUUAUCGAGAUUAAAUUUCUUUCAAAAGCCUUCUAUAUUACCUAUAUCUUCUUAUAACAUUACUUCAACUAUUUCUACUCUUACAACACAUAAUAAUAAUUUAACUAACCAUGACAUUAGCAUCACUGCUAAUAACAAUAUACCCUUUGAUAACAAAAUGACUACUGUAUUACCAACACCUCAGCCUUUAUUGCCUCCUCCACAACCUACAAAUCAGACUAUUGCUAUUGCUGCUGUGGAUGAUUGUUGUAAUGAAUGUUGUCCAGUUAUUACCAAUAAAGAUCAUGAUGCAAGAUUAUCUUCAACUAUAGACAAUAAUGUCAUUUUACCUUCAAUUAAACGUAAACGAUUUGAAGACGUAGAACAAAACCAUGAACAGAUACAGUCAUUACAUGUCAAUAAAAAGUUAACGACAAGAAAGGACAAAGAAGAUGUUCGUUGCAAAUGGUCUAAUUGUUCUGCUAAUUUUGAUACAAUUGAAAAUCUUAUACCUCAUCUAUUGAAUCAACACCUAAAGACUUUCCCUAUUAGUAAUAAGAAUGAAGUGAAUUAUUCAUGUUAUUGGGAAUCUUGUACUGAGCGUUUUAGUGGUUCAAAUAUUACAAGUAAUAUAUUACUUGAUCAUAUAACUAAUCAGCAUUUAAAAAGCAGUACAACAAUUACGUUUCAUGUCUGUCGUUGGCUAAAUUGUGAUGAACAAUUCGAUGCUUAUGAGACAUUAACAGUUCAUUUAUCAGAGGUGCAUGUUGGAUCUGGUAAAAGUGAAUAUCGAUGUGAAUGGAUUGCCUGUGAACGUAAAGGGAGAGCAUUUAGUCAAAGACAAAAAUUAAUGCGUCAUAUUCAAACCCAUACAGGGGCAAAACCAUUCCAGUGUCAAACUUGUCUUAAAAGAUUCUCUGAAUCUAAUAUAGUUAUUCAACAUAUGAGAACACAUACUGGUGAGAGACCCUAUAAGUGUGACAUGUGUUCAAAGGAUUUUUCAGUAUCUGCAGCGCUUACAAUUCAUAAACGAAUACAUACAGGAGAGAAGCCAUUUGCUUGUAAAUUCCAACAAUGUACUAAACGCUUUGCAGAGAGUAGUAACUUGACGAAACAUAUGAGAGUACACACAGGUGAAAGGCCCUUUAAAUGUACAGUGGAGCCAUGUGGAAAAGCCUUUUCAAGGCCAGAUCAAGUAGCACGGCAUUUGAAAACACAUAAUAAAAGUCUUUGUUAACAGUAUUCUUCGUCCAUAAAAUAACCAUCAUAAUAAAGCGAGACACCCAGACAAUAGAGUUUAAUAAUUCAUUAUUGGAACGUCUCAAAAAUAAAAUAAAAUGAAUACCGGUCUGUAUUAUUAUCAUGGAAUUGUAUUGAGUCUUAUUAUUAACUUACUUUAAUAACGUAAAUAAGGUUUUCAAACACUUGAAGAUUUGUUAUUAAUAACUCUUAAAUAAAUAAAUACCAAUUUAAGCUCUUUAUUAUAUAAUAAUAACAAUAA